AUGCCGCCUAAGAAGAAGGCCCUCCUUAAAGUCAUCAUCCUCGGUGACAGCGGGGUUGGCAAGACCUCCCUGAUGAACCAGUAUGUCAACAAGAAAUUCUCCAACCAGUACAAGGCUACGAUUGGUGCCGAUUUCCUCACGAAGGACGUCGUGAUAGACGACAAGGAGGUCACGGUUCAGAUCUGGGAUACAGCCGGUCAGGAGCGAUUCCAAAGUCUCGGCGUGGCUUUCUACCGAGGCGCGGACUGCUGCGUGCUGGUGUUCGACGUGACGAAUCCCAAGUCGUUCGAGAGCCUUCAGUCGUGGAAGGAAGAGUUCCUCAUUCAGUCGUCUCCGCCGGACCCCGACUCCUUCCCGUUCGUUGUGGUGGGCAACAAGGUCGAUGAGCGCGAGAAGCGCCGCGUCUCAUGCGGCAAGGCCGAGGCCUUCUGCCGCCAGAGCGGGAGCGACAUUCCGUACUUUGAGACGAGUGCCAAGACUGCCGCGAACGUCCACCUCGCCUUCGAGGAGAUCGCGAAACGGGCGAUGGUGCAAGAAAAGAAGCAGGAGCAAAUCUACCUCCCUGAGACGCUGACUCUCUCCAACCCGGACGUUCGCCCCGCACCCAUCGACAACAGCGGCGGCUGUUGCUAA